AUUUUGAACCAUUUACGUAAGUGUUUAUUAGUGGAGGAAAAUGACAUUUGGAUAAGAAGAAGUAACCAGCGUGGUCAUGGUAAUUGACACAAAGUAGUGCCUGGCGUCAUGGGGGUGUGGGCGAGUCACUGUGUAUAAAUACGCCGGCUUGUCACCCAGCUAACUUUCCCUGGACGCUCCCUUGGACGCGCCAUUUAAGACAUCACAAUGACAAGGACGAGCAUUACAAACAUCUUUUUAUGGACUUGACUUUGCAUUGCGAAGAAGCCCAGGCAGGGUGGAUGAAAUCCAACACGCAAGCAGAGGCCGCCAUUCUUGAGACGUCCGCAGCUUGCCGUCUUCAAAGAGUUGUCUACCAUGACGACAUCACAAGCUGCUCAGUGAGCCGGAGAAGCGUUACGGACAUCGUUACACUUGGCGUCGCCGCCAUCUCGAAGCAUCCCAUCAUGCACCUGGAGGUGAAGGUUGCCCUCAACUUCAUCGUGUCCUAUUUGUACAACAAGCUGCCUCGUCGUCGAGCCGACCUCUUCGGAGAAGAACUGGAGAGGAUCCUGGUGUCUCGCUUUGAGGGUCACUGGUACCCGGAGGACCCCCUUCGAGGCUCCGCCUUCCGCUGCCUUCACCUGGGCGCCCCCUGGGACCCGGUGGUGGAGUUGGCCGCCAAGAGAAGCGGCCUGGACACCGAUGAAGUGCGCGUCAACGUCCCCGAGGAGCUCAGCGUGUGGAUCGACCCCUUUGAGGUGUCCUACCAGAUCGGAGAGAAGGGGGCGGUGAAGGUGCUCUACCUGGAGGACCUCAGCUGUGACGGAGCGCGGCCCGAGGAGCUGACGAGAGACGCUAAAGGAGACGCCGACCUCGAAGAGACUAAGAAUCUGGGCUUCAAUCCAGACGCUCAGGUCUUUAUUCCCAUUGGAAAGCAGUCAUCUCCUUCCAUGAUGCCGUCGCUCUCCAGCUCUCCCACUGCGCCCAGCACUCACCCCUGCCCGGGGAUCUUUGGUUCACCUUCCGCCCACUCCUCCAACACCUCCACCCCUUCUCCACCUCAGCAGCCCGCCUCCCGUCCUCAAGCCAUCACCUUUACCACGGCCGCCUUCGCCGCCACCAAAUUCGGCUCCACCAAGAUGAAGAAAAAUGGCCCGGCGGCAACUCCGCCCGCCCCCGCCGCCCACUCUCCCACCGCCAUCUUGGCUCCAGAGCUGCUCAAACACAAGCCGCUGUCUCUGUCCAUGCACUCGCUCGGGGCUCCCGUCCCCAGCCAGCUGUCCCCCAACGCCAAAGAGUUUGUCUACUCCCCCGCUCCUCUCUACUUUGACGCCGAGCCCUCUUUUGACCCUUUCGCCAGCCCGCCACCGCCACCGUCCCAAAGUAUGGGCAUCAUGGGCGCCAACGGCGAGAUCUCCUACAUGGAGAAGCCGCCGUUUGUGGAGGCUUUAGGAAGCUACAAGCUGCAGUAUCCCAGCCAGGCCUUCCAGCCUGUGGUGCUGGCCAACUGACCGUCCACUCCUUCCAGAACUCAACUUUCUAGAAGGUUCCGGUCCCAUUCUGGGUGCUGAAGGGGUUUUCUCUGUUAAUCAUGAAGGUUGUGCUCAAGAAGAAAGGAGCUCUGCAGCUUGCUGGGUUCUUUCUAGAAAGGGACAACUUCCAAUAAUUCAUCCCUCGGGGGGACUGCAGGGAGACAAAGCUUUCUUUGCAUUUGAGGUAGCCGGCACUCACGUGUGGAUACCUGGAAGUAGCCGGCACUCACGUGUGGAUACCUAGAAGUAGCCGGCACUCACCUGGAAGUAGCCGGCACUCACGUGUGCAGAUACCUGGAAGUAGCCGGCACUCACGUGUGGAUACCUGUAAGAAGCCGGCACUCACGCCUGACAGACUCGUCCCGUCGUCUUUGCAGGAGAGCAAAGGGGGGGGAAGGGAAUUUGAUGAUGUGGGGCUCAGACACAGGUGUCAAACUCAAAACCCAGGGUCCAAAUCUGGCCUGCCACGUGAAUUAAAGUGACCCGCCCCAUCAUUCCAUGUGGCCUGCCGCAUUACUUAACAUAGCUGGCCGCCUCAUUUCAUGCGGCCAGCUAUAUUAUUUAAAAUGGCCUGCCGCAUGCAGCACUAUUUAAAAUGCAUCAUUUUAUGUGGCCCUCUGCAAUAUUUAAAGUGGCUUGCCACAUUAUUUCAUAUAGCUGGCCGCUUCAUUUCAGCUGGCCUACCACGUUAUUUUGUGGUAAGCUGCUUUAUUUAAAAUGCUGUGCCGCAUUAUUUCAUGUUAUUUUGUGGUAAACAGCAUUAUUUGAAAACGGCCGGCUGCAACCUUUUUAUGUGGCCCUCAGCAUUAUUUAAUGUGGCCCUCAGCAUUAUUUAAUGUGGUCCGCUGCAUUAUUUAAUGUGGCCCUCAGCAUUAUUUAAUGUGGCAUGCUGCAUCAUUUAAUUCGGCCUGCCGCGUUAUUUAAAAUGGUAUGGCACACUAUUUAAAAUGGUAUGGCACAGUAUGGUAUGGCACAGUAUGGUAUGCCACACUAUGGUAUGGCAUACUAUUGUAUGGUGACAUUUUUUUUUUUUCAAAAGUGUUGAUGUCAAGCAGCGUUGAUGCCAGAGACCACACCCUCUUACCCUCCUGUCAAUGUUUGAUAUCCACAGUCCUUCAGCUCUAAUGUGCUUUGGAUCGCUCCCCGUAUCGCACUUUAUAUCAAACUAUGCUCAUUUUACUCCUCAAACUGAAAUGAUGUUUGACAACACUCUUCUUCUUCUUCUUCUUCUACCCUCUCUUAAACAAUUUACCCUCCCAUGUUGUGCCACACGUGGAAGGGUUGCUUAAUGAAUGAUUGACCUUUGUAACCCUUUAGGUAAAUAUUACAUUGUGAGGGAAAUGUUUUCUUCUGUGAUCAAAUUUAUUUUUGUUUUUUUCCCCCAAAUCAACUGUUAAAUUAUAUAUCAUAUAAAUACCACACACAUAUAUAUAUAUAUAUAUAUAUAUAUAUAUAUAUAUAUAUAUAU